UUUGUGUGUUCUUUUUUCGAUCCGCCGUUCAGUCGUGGAAAGUGUUUUCGCGUUUCCAUUGAACAAUUUCGCAGAUUUUCUAGUGAAAAAUGGUGCAUUACGUGAAAAUGGAAGACGGCAAAGUGAUGCCGAUUCAGGACAUGCUCAAAAGCAUUGAACGCUACAAUCCGGAACAUCUGAAGGUGAUCGAAGCUUAUGUCGAGGAACAGGCCCGUGACAAUCAGUAUGAUUUGGAAGCGAAUUUGGCUUGUCUGAAGCUGUACCAGUUCAACCCCCAACUGAUGAACCUGGACGUCACUUAUGUGAUCCUGUUGAAAGCUCUAACGAACUUCCCCCAUACGGAUUUUGUCCUGUGUAAAUGCCUGCUGCUACCGGCACAGAUGAACGAUGACACCGUCAAAGAAAUCAUCUACCUAGCUGACAUUCUGGAGAAAUGUGACUUUACUCUGUUCUGGUCCCGUGUGGCCAAGAAUCCAUUGUUCUUCAAGAAAAUCAGCGGCUUUUUCGAUUCGAUUCGGAAGUUUGUGUGCCACGUCGUAGGAAUCACUUUCCAGUCCAUCGAGAAGCAGUAUUUGGUUCGGCUCCUUGGAGACGUUGACGACAACGUUCUGCGUGCGUGGGUCAAGAAGAACAACUGGAAGGAAGAUGGCCAAUACAUUACUGUGGCCGUACAGGAAGGUAACAUCAAAACGAAACACAUUACCGAGAAGAUUGAUUUUGAAAAUUUGGCUCCGCUGAUGGCCAACUGCUUGUAGAGAUGCGAAAAAUGUCUUCAACUAGACGAUGUAUUGGCUGCAUUCCUAGAGAAUAAGUAAGCAAAAGCAAACUAAAAGAAUGAAACUAUAA